GAAGAGGAAGAGGGCAAAGUAAAAGCAGCUGGGAAUUGGCAGCAGGUCGUGUAGCAAUUUUCGAACUGCCCAAACAAAUGGACAGUGAUCCAAAGGAGAUCGGUUCUGGAGCCGGAAAGGACGAGCCCGCCCCCGCAGACACAAGUCUCGGCGCCCCCAGCAGCUUUGCCCCCAACCGCUGGGUCAAGCUGAAUGUGGGUGGUCAGAUAUACGCCACCACCAUCGACACUCUGGUGGGCAGGGAACCAGACUCGAUGCUUGCGCGAAUGUUCCUGCAAGAUGGCAGCAUGAUGCCCAGCGAACGGGACGAGCAGGGAGCGUUUCUUAUUGACCGCAGUCCCCGUUACUUCGAGCCGAUCAUCAACUACCUGCGCCACGGCCAGUUCGUCUGCGAUUCGAAUAUCAGCGUACUGGGCGUCCUGGAGGAGGCACGAUUCUUCGGCAUCUUCUCGCUGGUCACCCAUUUGGAGGAGCGACUGGGACAGCAGGAGGCGCCGCUGGGAGACAGACCACUGACGCGGAACGACGUAAUUAAGGCCAUCAUCCAGACAUCCGUGAUUACGGAGCUGCGCUUUCAGGGAGUUAACCUUUCCGGAGCCGAUUUGCGAAAGCUAGACUUCCGCAACAUCAACUUUAAGUACGCAAAUAUGUCUCACUGUAAUUUGUCCCACACCAAUCUUAACUAUUGCUGCCUGGAAAGGGCUGAUCUUCAGUUUGCGAAUUUAGAGUGCGCCCAGCUGGUUUCAGUGCGUGGACUUUGCGCAAAUAUGGAAGGUGCUAAUCUGCGGGGGUGUAAUUUCGAGGAUCCCACAGGUGUCCGAACCAACCUGGAGGGCGUAAAUCUCAAGGGAGCCUGUCUGGAAAGCAGCAACAUGGCAGGUGUUAAUUUGCGUGUCGCUAAUUUAAAGAACGCAAAUAUGAAGAAUUGCAAUUUGAGGGCAGCAGUUCUAGCUGGAGCAGAUUUAGAAAAGUGCAAUCUUUCAGGAAGUGACUUGCAGGAGGCAAACUUGCGGGGCGCAAAUUUAAAGGACGCGGAGCUAACCCUUAUUAUAAAUGCUUUGCACAUGUCGCAGGCCAUACGAUGAUUGAGGCAUUAUUUAUAUAAUGUGGGCAAUAUUUUGUGCAAUUUACAUAUCACAUCUUGGCUCCAAACGAUUAUUACUGAUUAGUUUUAGAUUAAUAAAUGUAAAUACGAUUGUCCUUAAAAUAAACAGUAUUAGGAUUAUAUUUCUAAAAUGGAAUGUA